UUAAUAUUCCAAUCGGGGAAGAACAUUUCGAAAAUCUUCACUGGCCCAACAUCUUGCCUGCUGUAUCAACUCUGCAACAUGUUCUUCACAAGAUAUGUUUUCUUUCUGUAAACUUGUUUUGUGGUGUGAUGCAUUGCAGGGUGCCUUUUUGCAAGCACGAAGUCACAAAACAAUUUCCUGGAAAUUAUUUUGCCAAAGGCAGAUGCAUAGAACUCCAGAAUGCCACACAAAAUUGGAUUUGUUACAAUAAGCUGCUCUGGCUAUGAAGAUGGGUAUAAUUCAAAUGAGCUGAUGGUGCAUGCGCCUACAAUAAAUGGUUGGCGUUCCCCAAGGUUCUGCCUUUAUCCACAGGAGAUUAUCCUUCAAAUGGUGGAACGCUGUCGAAUUCGGAAGCUGCAAUUACUUGCACACCAGUACUUGAUUUCUACGAAAAUUGAAUUUUACAUUAGUGACAGUCUUCCAGAUCACCUUGGUUCCCACCACGUGGAGAGAUUCCGCAGACUUGGGUAUGUCUCCCUCUCAGAUAAUCAAAAAACAGGAUUCAAAGCUCGGGAACUUAAGUCUGUCCAUGUUGAUGCAGUUGGACAGUAUCUGAAAUUAACAUUCCAUAAGAACCAUGUCAACAGAUACAACUUGUACAAUCAGGUUGCCCUGGUAGCUGUUAAUAUUCUUGGAGAUCCAGUCGAGCACAAUGAAACAAGUACAACUCCCACAAAAGAUAAGCUGAUUGAUCACUAUCUUGGUCAGAGCCCAAAUGACCCAGCACUUGAUGGAACUUACUUCAGUAAAUCUGACAUUAUAUCACCCCUGGAUGACCUUGCCUUUGACAUGUACCAGGAUCCUGAAGUGGCUCAAAUCAUACGUAAAAUGGAUGAAGAGAAACAUGAAGCAGUUAAACAUGAACGUUAUGAUUUUGCAAAGAAACUUAAACAAGCUAUAGCUGACCUUCAGAAGGUAGGAGAGCGUCUGGGCCGUUAUGAGGUGGAAAAACGCUGUGCAAUUGAGAAGGAGGACUAUGACUUGGCUAAACAGAAGAAACAGCAAAUGGAUGAUUAUAGGAUGAAGGUUUAUCAGCAACUUGAGCUACAUAGCUUGCUGGACAUGGGAAUGAUCCGAAAGCUUCCUGAGAUUCCUCUUGAACCAGUGGAUCAUCCUAAUAGAAUUCAACAGCAGCAAAUGGUAUUGGGACCUAAAUCUGCACCAACUGUGAAAACCCAUCUGCAAGAGUCAUCUGAAGAAAGCCUCAGGCCAUAUCCGACCCCUGGAAAGCCACAAUGGUCUCCCAUACCGCAGCAGUUUUCUUCUACUCCACCUGCUAGAUUACCUUCUCGAAGGGUCGAUACCAGCUCACUUCCCUAUGAUGAGAGGCCACUCCCAGCUCAACGCAAACCUGCAGAAUUAUAUGGCAUACCACAGUUGGAGGUUAAUGAGUCAACUGCAGUAAACCCAGACUCUUCACCUACACCAAGAAGUGGAAUCACAGGAGAGCCAGAGCCACUGACUGAAAAAGCUUUCAGAGAGGCUAGUUUUGCCAUUGACUUGUUUAGCGAGGCUCUGGUGGCUGGUGCCUAUUCUAAAACAUGGUCAUACAGAGAAGAUGCUUUACUGGCUGUGUAUAAAAAGCUUUCCACAGUUCCUGAAGGUACACCCAAGGAUGAAGUAAAGAAUCUACUGAAAGCAGCAAUCUUCCUCAUUCGUAGAGCUAUUAAGGACAAAGUGUCAUCUGUUUUUCAAGCAUCUCUGAAGUUACUAAAAAUGUUGAUCACACAAUAUGCUCCCAAACACAAGUUGGGCAAAGUAGAAAUCACACAUUGUGUGGAGAGAACAUUACCCAUUCUCCUUAGCAAGACUGGUGAUGCCACAACACAUCUUCGGUUGGCUGCCAUGAAUUUCAUCCAGGAAAUGGCACUGCUUAAAGAAGUACGACCUCUUCUCAUUAUCCCACCCCAGUUAAUGCAGCCUUUGAAGCCACAAGUUCCAGGUCGCUUGCUAGUAAAUCAAAUUGAGUUGGUGGAACGCUUGCUGAAGGAGUUAGGUACAGAUAAUAGUGGCUUCACCGUAGACAAUGUCAUGAAGUUCGCAGCAGGAGCUUUGGAACAUACUGCCUCUGAGGUCAGGGAUACAGCUGUACGGAUUGUCCUUGAAAUGUAUCGACAGCACAGGAGUGCUAUUUUGCAGUACCUUCCACCCGAUGAUGCAAGUACGCGCAGGAAUGUGCUAUACAAAUCACUCUUUGAUGGAUUUGCAAAAAUAGACGGGAGGCCAACAGAAGCUGAGCAGCGAGCAUACAAAAAGGCAGCUGCAGAAGAAGCAGAGAAGAGAAAGAAAGAAGAAAUAAAGGCCCUCCAGGACCAGCUAGCGGCAUUGAGAGAAAUACAGGCAGAAGUCCAGGCUGAAAAGGGGAAAGACACAGAAAACAGUCAAGUUUCUAAAACAGAUCGUGGGAAUAAAGCUUCAGCCCCACAUGCAGAGAUGAGAGAUGAUCAGUCCUCAGUUACGAAUUAUUUAGAUAAUUUAUGUAUUUUCUGUGGAGAGAGAAAUGAAAUGUUCACAGAUGAAGGUCUGGACAUCCAUUAUUGGAAGCACUGUCCGAUGUUGAGACGUUGUGAACAUUGCAAGCAGGUGGUAGAAAUAGCCACGCUCACAGAGCACAGGCUGACCGAGUGUGACAAGAAAGACAGUUUUGGGAAAUGUCAUCGUUGUGGUGAGGCAGUAGCAAAAGAGGACCUGCAGGAACACCUCAAGAUGAAAAGUUGCAAUGCUGCCAAGCCUGAGAAAGUUGCCAACCACUGUCCACUGUGCCAUGAGAACUUCCAGCCAGGGGAGGAGGGCUGGAAAGUGCAUCUCAUGGGAAGAGAUGGCUGUAAAAUGAACCUCCGUCGAAUGCAGACAUUACAGAAGACCCAGCACCUCCAGCAAGAAAAAUCUGGGACUCUGGCUAUUUCUAGGUCUGGUCCCACUGGAAUUAAAGGACGUUCUCCACCCUCCAGCAGCAAAAUCCCUGCUCCAAGAGCUGGAUUAAAUAAAACAACAAACUUAUCUUCAAAUCGACGAUAAACUCUCACCAUACAAGGUCAAGUUAUGGCAAUAAACCUAAAAAAAACUUCUGCACUAUGAAUAUUGAACAGUCAGAUUGCAAUGUCAGUUGUGGACACGCAGGGCUGUGAAGUAAUUGACGGGUGAAAGACUGUUUGCACAAAGGCUAAUCACAGUAGAACAUGCUUCUGAUCUGUUGGAGUCAUUUUGAUGUUCUGUGAAACAUCCAUCUCAGUCAGGCUAGCCUUCAACUUAAUUCCUUAAAGAAUUCCAUUGGUACUAAGGAAAUUAUUUUUGUUAAAUGAUUAAGCUUCUUCUAAAUGAAAACAGAACUGUAAAAGUACACAAUAGUUAUUUUGCAACACAUUCAUCUGUUAUGCUAUAACAAGUUAUAAUU